AUGUGGCCCCUAGUUGCUGCCUUCCUUUGCCUGACCGUGGCCUUGUCCGGAGGAAUCUCCCGGGACUACCCCAAGAUUCUCAAUGGUACUAAUGGAACCAACGGUUUUCUCCCGGGUGGCUACACCUGCCUCCCCCACUCUCAGCCAUGGCAGGCAGCUCUACUUGUCCAUGGACGGCUUCUCUGUGGAGGUGUUCUGGUUCACCCCAAAUGGAUACUCACAGCAGCUCACUGCAGGAAAGACGGGUACACAGUUCACCUAGGCAAGCAUGCCCUGGGGCGUGUGGAGAACGGCGAGCAGGCAAUGGAGGUGGUCCGCUCUAUCCCCCAUCCUGAAUACCAGGUCAGCCCCACCCACUUGAACCACGACCAUGAUAUCAUGCUUCUGGAGCUGAAGUCCCCAGUCCAGCUCAGCAGCCACAUCCGUGCUCUGCCACUCUCCCCGGACGACUGCCUGCCCACUGGUACCUGCUGUCGCGUUUCUGGAUGGGGCACCACCACCAGCCCCCAGGUGAAUUACCCUAAAACCCUGCAGUGUGCCAACAUUGAACUGCGCUCAGAUGAGGAGUGCCGACAGGUGUAUCCCGGAAAGAUCACAGCCAACAUGCUUUGUGCUGGUACCAAAGAAGGCGGGAAGGACUCUUGUGAGGGUGAUUCAGGGGGCCCACUGGUUUGCAACGGCAAACUCUAUGGCAUCAUCUCAUGGGGAGAUUUUCCAUGUGGGCAGCCCAACCGACCUGGUGUCUACACACGAGUCUCAAAAUAUCUGCGUUGGAUCUGGGAGACAAUUAGAAACACUCCGAAGCAGAGACAGACAAGGGGCAGACAAUAA